AGCCGUUGUUGGGUGUGGAAGUGUGGAAAAUUGAGACGAGGAAGUUGUUUGUGAUUUUGACGAUUUCGGCUUUUCGGAAGUUCUGUUUAGCGUGUUACAGUCUUUGCAUUAAGAAGGGCUUUGGAGGACCUGUGAAAUAUCAUGUUCAACCAGGAUUAUGAAAAGCGAUUACUCCGGCAGCAUAGGAGUUGCAUGAUAUCUAGUGGUUCUUCAGAAGGAGCGUCUGUUUCAGCCGCAUUAUCACUGUCUGGAGGUUUUCCUUCAUCCAGCAAUGUUGUGUCCUCUUCACCUGUUUCACUGAUGCCUCAAAGUCCACGGCGUAUAAACAGCAGUGAUCGCUUCAUCCCUACACGUGCUGGUAACAACUGGGAAACCAAAUUUGCCAUGAUCACGGAGAAUGGUCGAAAUGGACUAACUACGAAAAAAGCUCGUGAAAAUGGUGAAGGUGGUCGGGAUGGAUUAGUGUACUCUUGCCUGCUGAAGAAUGAGCUUCUUGGUGCUGGCAUUGAAGAUGUGAAAGGCCAGUGUGAUGAGAGAAGGGCUUUGGUCCCAGUUGAAGGAUCAAAUCUCUUUCGGUACACAUUACCAAAUCGGAGUGGAAAUGGUGUUGGUGGUGACACAUCGUCAUUGGCUUGUUAUUCUUUGUCACCAGUUAGUGCAAAAAGCCAGAAGUUGCUUAGGUCUCCAAGGAAAGCAACACGGAAAAUAUCACGAAUACCCUUCAAGGUGCUGGACGCCCCUGAGCUGCAGGAUGACUUCUACCUCAAUCUCGUCGACUGGUCUUCACAAAAUGUAUUGAGUGUGGGCUUGGGAAGCUGCGUUUAUCUUUGGUCUGCCUGCACUAGCCAAGUCACAAGGUUGUGUGAUUUAUCUGUAGAUGGUAACUCUGUAACUUCAGUUGCAUGGAAUGAGCGGGGAAACCUAGUAGCAGUUGGAACACAUCAUGGCUAUGUGCAAGUCUGGGAUGUUGCUGUAAACAAACAAGUUAAUAAGAUGCAGGGCCAUUCGGCAAGAGUGGGUGCCCUCGCAUGGAAUGGAGAUGUUCUGUCAUCAGGAAGUCGUGAUAGACUUAUUUUGCAGCGUGAUGUGAGAACACCAAGUCUUGUCGCUGAAAGGAGAUUAGUUGGUCAUCGGCAAGAGGUUUGUGGCUUGAAAUGGUCUCCGGAUAAUCAGUACCUGGCUUCUGGGGGCAAUGACAAUCGCCUGUUUGUUUGGAACUUACAUUCCCUGUCACCUGUCCAGAAUUACACUGAGCAUCUGGCAGCAGUGAAAGCUAUUGCAUGGUCCCCACACCAUCACGGACUCUUGGCUAGUGGUGGUGGUACAGCUGAUCGGUGUAUUCGUUUUUGGAACACACUGACAGGACAACCAAUGCAGUGUGUAGAUACAGGUUCCCAAGUUUGUAAUCUGGCAUGGUCAAAACAUUCCUCUGAGCUGGUCAGCACCCAUGGCUAUUCUCAAAACCAGAUACUUGUAUGGAAAUAUCCUAGCCUAACGCAGGUUGCAAACCUCACAGGCCACUCAUACAGAGUACUGUAUCUGGCAAUGUCCCCUGAUGGGGAAGCCAUUGUAACUGGUGCUGGGGAUGAGACCCUUCGCUUCUGGAAUGUGUUCAGCAAGGCUCGUUCACAGAAGGAGAAUAAAUCAGUCCUGAAUCUCUUCACCAGUAUCCGAUGAUGGGUCUGUAGAUGGCGAAUUCAUCUAAUGUUUAAGUCAUCCAGUUCUUACAUGUUGCUAAAUGAUGUAAAAUAAUAUACUUUGUUUUACAUAGGUUUGUAUCUUGUAAAAACUUCAAAUGUAAAUUUAUUUUUAUUUGUUUAUAUCUUAUUUAACAUACAUUUAUGUUUGUUAUAUUAUUUGAUAAUGAAGAAAUGAUCAUACCCUCAUUUAAUAUAUAUAUAUAUCUCACAGGUCUUUUGAAGGCCUCUAAGUGUUUCAUGAUGGAAAUACUCACCCUAAAAUGCUAAUAAAGUAUAUUCUGAACCCGCA